GCCGCGCGCGCCGAGGGAACCGCCCGCCCUGCCUCCCCUCCCUCCGCUGAGGUGGCCGGUUCCGCAAGUUUGACAGUUGGCGCGGAGGGCGCCGGUGAGGAAGGAGGGUCCCUUGCGCCGCUGCGCGAUUCGCGUCCCCUCCCCAACGCCCGCCGGGGACCCAAAGCCGCCUCACACGUCCCGAGGGGAUCCCAGCCCCCGUGUCUGCCCGCCCGGGGCCACCUAGCCCGCCUGCUUCGCCUCCUUUGGCCGCCGCCGUCAUGUCUCGGGGUCCCGAAGAGGUCAACAAGCUGACCGAGAGCACCUAUAAGAAUGUUAUGGAACAAUUCAAUCCAGGGCUGCGGAAUUUAAUUAAUCUGGGGAAAAACUAUGAAAAAGCCGUUAACGGUAUGGUCCUUGCUGGAAGAGCUUACUAUGACGGCAUUGCCAAAAUAGGCGAUAUUGCUGUGGCAUCACCUGUCUCUAAAGAGUUGGGGCAUGUCCUUAUUGAGAUUUCCAUUGCUCAAAAGAAACUCAACGACAAGCUAGAAGAAAACUUCAAGAAAUUCCAUAAAGAAAUUAUAUCGGAGCUGGAGAAGAAAACCGAACUAGAUGUAAAAUAUAUGAACGCUACCCUGAAGAGGUACCAGAACGAACACCGAAGCAAAUUGGAUUCCUUGGAAAAAUCUCAGGCCGAGCUGAAAAAAAUCAGGCGGAAAAGCCAAGGGGGACGAAACGCCGUCAAGUACGAACAUAAAGAAUUUGAGUAUUUGGAAACCGUAAGCUCCCGACAGAGCGAUAUUCAAAGAUUCAUUGCGGAGGGUUGCAGAGAGGCCUUACUUGAAGAGAAGAAAAGAUUUUGCUUCCUGGUUGACAAGCACUGCAGUUUUGCGCAACGCCUCUUCCAUUACCACGUGGAGUGCUCGGAGAUACUUAGCAACAAGAUGCCGGGGUGGUUGGCAACCUGCAGCGAUGCAACCAAAGUUCCGCCGACUGUCAUGAACAUGAUCGAAGAGAUCAAGACACCGGGAUCCCUUUCGAUAGCGGGGACUCCCCUGCCUUCUCCGAUGAUCGAGAGGCGUAACCUGGUUGGGAACGAUUACGAUACCCUCCGAAGGCCUUCUCCUCAGGUGCCCCCGGCCCCCCCGGGGAGGGCUUACACCAGCCCCUUGGUCGAUAUGUUCAACACCCCGCCCGCCGUGCCAAAGACCCCUUCCGAGAAAUUAAGCAACACAGCAGAUGAUUCCAGCUUAUUGCGAUCUACCUCUAUGGCCACUGGACUGAACAUAAUGAAGCGUCAGAAAGUGAAGACCAUCUUCCCGCACACCGCUGGAAAUAACGAGACUCUCCUCAGUUUCGCCCAGGGCGACCUUAUCACGCUGCUGGUGUCGGAGGAAAGAGACGGCUGGCUGUACGGAGAACAUGACCUCACAAAAGUGAAAGGCUGGUUCCCAUCCUCCUAUACGAAGCCCUUUGAAGGUCCGUCAGAAGAGACUCUGCGCGUCCCGGUGCCAAGCCCCGCGCCCAUCCGAAGUGUCAGCUCUGUCAACCUGACCAACAGAGAAAACCCCAUCCUGCCCCCACCGGAUUACGUCUUACUUGGGCCAAUCAAACCAGCUUCAGAACCAAAACUUGAAACUUCGAAAACCACAGCAGCUCAAGGAGAAAGUAUCUCUCUUAAACCCAACAUGAACGGCAUCAUGAAACCGCCUUUUCUAAGUGGCGAAAACCCCUUUGCAACCGUCAAACUCCGACCAACAGUCACCAAUGACAGAUCGGCGCCAAUCCUUCGAUGAGCGGCAUUGGAAAAAAACAAGCCAAUUUUUUUUUUAAACCCUACUACCUUGUCAACAUUGCACAGCCUCUAUCCCAGCCUGCGGUCCUUCGCGUUUGGGAUCGGUUUCCGAAUUCACCGCCCACUCGGGUGGCUAUGCUGUCUUCGGCAAUAUGAUUUCCAAAUACCUUCUGGGAUUGUUUUUAAAACCUUUUAUUUAAAUGUAAUUAAUGUGUACAGCAGCAGCAAAUUGCCAAAGUUUCUGACUUUUUAUUAUUAAUUACUAUUAUUACUAUUUUAUUAUUUUAGCUUUUGGUUUCUGCUAAUUAUCGAUGGCUGAAGACGCCUGCAGAUUUGCUUUGAUUUUAGAAGCGUGCCUUGUUUAGAAAGACCGAAAUUAUGUUUAGGAAAGCAGAAAUAGGCCAGAUAGGGAAACCAGCAAAACUGAUCCUUUAGUCUUCUCUUCUUCUUGCCAGCAUCGCUGCUUAGAUUUCUGUGCCAACGGUGUGAUUUAAUCUUUAUGGAUCAGUUUAGUUUUUGCUUGUACAAUUUGCUUAAGAGAGAUACGAGAAUAGCUGCUUUUUAAACAGGCAACCCGUUUAAGGAUGGCCUAACAGAAUAUCAUGCCAAAUAAUAUUUUCAUUACAUAAGAUAAAAUGUCUUAAGGGAUACAGUAAUAAUAAUAAUAAUAAAUAUUAUGAUAAGAACAAUGGGGCAAUUCUUUAAUUGGUUUACGGUUGGCCUUACAGAAUAUCAUGCCAAAUGAUAUUUUCAUUACAUAAGAUAAAAUGUCUUAAGGGGUACAGUAAUAAUAAUAAUAAAUGUUAUGAUCAGAA